UGCGGCUUAAUAUUUUCAAUUUUAGAAAAAAAUAUUUUAGUUUAAUCUUGCAGUUUAUAUCGUUCGGUUGAAAAUAAUGUUUAAAUUAUUCAAAUAUAUUUUGUGUUUCAUUUUAAUUGGAUUUUAUUCAGUGUCAGUUGUUGCUGAUGAAUCAUCUUGGAUUACAUCUGAAGAAAGUCUCCGUAAAGCAUUACUUUCCAAUUAUAUACAAACAGUUAUUCCAGUUGAAAAUCACACUCAUCCUAUUAAUGUUAAUGUUGCAUUGAUUGUUAAUCAUAUUGAUAUAAGUGAUAUUGAUACAAAAGCUAUACUACAUGGUUCUUUAGAUUUACAAUGGAAUGAUAAUAAAUUACAAUGGAAUCCAAAUGAUUUUGGUGGUCUUAAUAGUAUUUAUUUGACAAAAGAAAAAUUAUGGGUACCUGAUUUAUCUUUAUAUAAUACUGCAAAUGGUAUUCUUUUAAAUAUUAAACAUGAAGGAACUAUAAAAUUAUCAUCAAAUGGAAAAAUACAUUGGACACCACAUGUUAAAUUGGAAACAUACUGUAGAUUAAGUUUAAAAUAUUGGCCAUUCGAUAAACAAACAUGUCCUUUUAUAUUAGGAUCAUGGGUACAUUCUAGUCGUGCUCUAAUACCAUAUUUAAGUGAAAAUCGUCCAAUUCUUGAUAUUUUAGCAAAUAAUCAUAAUUGGAAAAUAACUAAUACACAUUCAUUUAUUGAAGAAAAAAUUUAUGCAUGCUGUCCAGAUCCAUAUCCAUCAAUAACAUUUACAUUUGACUUGGAUAGAAAAUCUCCAAUGUUAGUUUGGUUAAUAAUAACAAUAAUAUCAAGUAUAAUAUUAAUGUGUUUGGCAGCAUUCUGGAUUCCACCAUGUCGUGGUGAAAAGAUUUUAUUAAAUGGUAUAGCACUACUAUUGAAUGGUUAUUGUAUAAAAUAUUUUAUAGAAAAAUUACCAAAUUUUUCACAAGAUUUACCAUUAAUAAUUACAAUACAAGUUUCAACAUUUAUUUUGCUUACAAUAUCAGUAAUUGUAUCAAUAAUCUUAUUAAGAAUUUCAAGUAAUUCUUGUGGAAAUGGAAAAAUUAAUCAAGGAUUUAAUAGAAUUUUACGUAAUAAGAAACUUAAUCAAAUAUUAUGUUUACCAUAUAGAGAUGAAGAUGGCAUUCAAAAAGAUCAAACUGAGCUUAAAGAUCAUUUUGAAGAUGGAAAAUCAGCUGAUAGUAAUUUAUUAAUUAAGAAACAACAGAAUUUAGGAAAUAGCGAAAAUGAUGGACUUAUUCUAGCGAUAUUUAUCGAUAGAAUAUUUUUCUAUAUAUAUAUAAUAAUAUUUUUAAUUUUAAUUUUAGUAUGCUUUAUAUAAAUAUACUUGAAAAUGGAAAAAUAAAAUAUAAAAUAUAACGAUUCAUUAACGAUGCCAUUCCACAAAUUACACAUUUAUGCUGUAUAAAUGCUAUAGUGAAAAAUAAAUAUUGAAUUUUAAAAAUUAA